ACAGUAGGCACAUACUUACUACUGCAGGAAAAUCUCACCAAUGUGGGAGGGGCAAAGACACAAACUACUGCAGGGAGAUCUCCCCAUUGUGGGAGGGGCAAAGACACAAACUGCUGCAGGGAGAUCUCCCCAUUGUGGGAGGGGCAAAGACACAAACUGCAGCAGGGAGAUUUCCCCCAUUGUGGGAGGGGCAAAGACACAAACUGCAGCAGGGAGAUCUCACCAUUGUGGGAGGGGCAGAGACACAAACUGCAGCAGGGAGAUCUCACCAUUGUGGGAGGGGCAAAGACACAAACUGCAGCAGGGAGAUCUCACUAUUUUGGGGGGGCAGAGACAAAAAAUACUGCAGGGAGUUCUCACCAUUGUGGGAGGGGCAGAGACACAAACUACCGCAGGGAAAUCUCCCCGUUGUGGGAGGGGCAGAGACACAAACUACUGCAGGGAAAUCUCCCCAUUGUGGGAGAGGCAGAGACACAAACUACCGCAGGGAGAUCUCCCCGUUGUGGGAGGGGCAUAGACUAAAACUACUGC